UGCAGAAUAAAGAUGGAAGGUGUCGGGUCCUUUGGCGCUGGGAGAGCUGGAGGUGAAUUCGAUCCGCUCGCCUUCAUUAAACGGCCGCAGACGAUCCUAAGGAUACUUUCAUGGAUCUUCUCCAUGGUUGUGUUCGGCUCCAUCGUCAACGAGGGCUACGUCAACAGCGGGAGCGAGAGGCUCCACUGCAUCUUCAACAAGAACUAUGAUGCCUGCAACUACGGCAUCACCGUGGGCGUGGUGGCCUUCCUGGCCUGCAUACUCUUCACCGUCCUUGACAUUCAGUUCCCUCAGAUCAGCAGCGUGAAGGACAGGAAGAAGGCCAUUCUGGUGGAGCUGGGCUUCUCAGGUUUCUGGACGUUCAUGUGGUUUGUGGGGUUCUGCUUCCUGGCAAAUCAGUGGCAGAAAACCUCCCCCAAUGAGCUUCCCCUGAACCAGGGAGCAGACGCAGCACGAGCUGCUAUCGCCUUCUCCUUCUUCUCCAUCAUCACCUGGGCUGGCCUCACCGUAGCCGCCGCGCAGAAGCUCCUGCUGGGGACGGACAUGGCCCUCUUCACCACCGACCACCUGGACGGCAAGCCCAACAUCCAGCCCUACCCGCCCAGCACCGGGGAGGAGACCUCCGACACCUACCAGAGCCCGCCUUUCACCCAGACCCUUCAGACCAGCCCCAAGGCCUACCCUGAGCCCACAUACUAGAGCUGGGGGGGGGGGGGGGAUGGGGGCUGCAAAGAGUGUCAAAAAACUGCAUGUGGCACAGUGCCUUUUCAUUGUUGACCAAUGAAGUCCUGUCUAUACGUAGCUGCCAACCAAGACAGUGCAACAGCGCAGCAGUGUUCAUACUGUAGGUAGUUGUUCUAUGGAAGUCUGUGUAGGAGCAAUAUGCCGGCUGUAAUUUCAUCAUUAUUCAGAGAGGUAGGUAGGGUAGGGUAGGGUUAGCGUUAGGGUACAUAGGUAGAGUAGGUGGGUAGGGUAGAUAGUAUUGGAUACAUGGGUAGGGUACAGUAGAUAGGGUAGAGUUAGGGUAGGUGGGUAGGGAAGGGUAGGUAGAGCAGGCUUAGGGUAGAUACUGUAAGUAGGGUAGAGUCGAUAGGAAGGUUAGGGUGCAUAGAGUAGGUUAGGUGGGUUAGGAUAGGGUACGGUAGGUCACAUAAGGUAGAUUGGUAGUCCUGGCUAUAUCCAUGGAUAACUGGAGCCUGCCCUCCUCUCCAUAUAACUGUUCAGCAACCCCAACCCUGACCCAAUGUACAUGUACCCUUAGAAACAACCAGUACUUCCAUACUAUUGCUGGCCUAAUUUCGCUUCAAGUAGAUGCACACCAUUUCAACUUUCUUUUCUGUUCAGCAAAGCAAUGUCAAGAAUCUGUCAUAUUCCUGUGAUUGACAGUAACAACCUGUGGGUUCCAUUCAGGGUCUAUAUAAAUUUUACAAAAUAGAAAGAUUCUUCGGUUUCAUCAGGAUUCAUUGAGCUUAUAGUAAGAAAGAAAACUUGACCACUGACAAUCCAUGUCCUUGACUGCAUUAAGUGUUACUGUGUAUAGGAAACAAGGCUUUACUGUCUACUUAUAAAAAGAACAUGUUUAUUUUGAAAAGGUCAUGCAAAAUAAUAUUGAUAGGUGCCAUAAAUAAACAAACCACUGUUUGUAUUUUCCUUGUGACCAAUCUAAGAGUGGCAGAAAAUGACAUUGAGCAAAAUAGGCCACCAAAUAUGAAACAUAGUGAGAUGAAAUUAGUCUGCUCCCAUGUUUAGUAUGUGCAAUUUUAUGUAUGUAUUUUAAGUUAUUUUCAUUAACCAUAAAGAAAAUGAAACAGGAUUAACAGAAUGACAUCAAAGUUAAGUAUGUGUCAGUGACAAUUUUCCCCUUCUUUAAAACAGUCCUCCACCCUGUCAGUUACCAUUCCAAAGGACACUGUAGUCUCUUUAUAUGUGAACCAUGACGAUACUGCUACGAUAGUUUUCACAUGUCAUUGUCCAUGUAUUAAUAUACGUAAAUGGGAAUUAACAGCGUGGUAUAUAAAAUGGAUUAUUCGAUAUUAUAGCUCUGGCUGAGAGAAACACAGGGCUACGAUUAAUGGUGUCGUUUAGGAAGGUUGCCUGAUAUGAAAUAUUCGAGAUUUCAACUUGUAGCGUGUUAAGCCACCAGCUGUCUCAUGAGUAGGCCUACACACAAAGUGUGCGGGUGUAGGCUAUGUUUACCGAAAACAUCAGAUAAAUGUGUCAUUGUAGUAACGCAUAAAAGGCUCACUCAAAGUUGACGGCAGCUCCGUUGCUAGCUAUAGCAUAUCGUACAGCUCGCUCGCGCUGUGUUGGCAUCCGUACGCGAUGUUGUACAAGUGCGAUGUUCAGGUCCGUGUCACCUCCGGGGAUGUACGAAGACAGGCAAAACACACACUGUUAGCUUGAGCGCUUCUCAUUUUUAAAAAAACCACUGAAGCAAGGAAAUUCAUCCUGUAGUAAAUCGUCCGUGACCCUCUCAGCAGAAGCACGCUUCCGCCCAACUACAGGUGCAUGGUGCAUCCGCGCCCUAAGCACGCACGUGUUGCUCACUGUAAGCCAAUAACAUUGGAUAAAUGUUCUUCAACCCACCCAUUCUUAAUUACCAUCCAAAAUGAUUGGAUUCAAUUACAAUCACAGUGAAGGUAGCUCAGCCCCAUAUCUACAAUGUGAUGUCUCACCUGUCACCUACGGGCAACUACUCAUAAUGAUAGAGGCCAGACUUCGGUACAAAGAAUGAAAAGAAUUGGAUUGGAUUAAAUCUAUUAUUUUGGGAUUAAAUAAAUAAAUUGGAAAAAUAUAGCAUGUAUAUUUUAGCCUGAAGAAUAGCACGCAAAAGCAAUAUUGAAACAACUUUUCCAAUGUGGUCCUCAACACAUAAAUAAGCAAAUACAAAUCUAACUGACAUCACAUGGUAAAACAACUGUGUAAAACAGCAGCAGCAUAAUUUAACAGAAAGCCUACAGUAGAGUAAAAUAGGAUGCAGUACAAAACAUCCAGGUUUGCCUUUUCCUGUUUCUAUAGAGAAAUAAGUGUGCAGUGAGCACAUUAUAAUGCACAGUUACCUCACACCUCUGAAAUUACUGCCAGCUGUUACCUGUGUACAUUGGGAAUGAUGCAUUUUCCUUUGAACAGGAAAACUGCACUUUCCUGCGAUGUCCUGCAUGAAAUAACAAAAGCUGUCUAGUCCACCUACUUUGAUUAACAAAAAGGUUGCCUCUGAAGAAAUUUGUAGUGGACCAGCAAAAAAGUCUUCAUGAAAUAUCCUCUAGUCUUCAUCUAGUAUCUUCAUUUGCUGAAUAUCAUCUAGUCAGGCUGUCAGCUAAGAGUCCCUGCCAGUUCCUGUGUACAUUGUGUUCUGUAUAAUUAGUUUAUAUUUGUUUUUGCAUAUGAUAGUUCCAGGAGUAGAUGAGGGAGCAUGUAAAAUGAAUGUUAACAGUAUUUAGUGUAAUCUGUGGUAGCACACCCCCUGUGUAUCUAUUCUCUGUGAGAUAGGCUAAUGUACACAAAGUGAUAUUGAUCUUAACUCAGUCUAUCUUAUUGGACCACAUUUAUUAAACUUUCCAAGGUUGUGUGUUUCCUGUACUAACAAUGCACUCUUGUUGAGAACUUUUUGGACCAAUUUUACAGCAUGGGUUAAUUUUUUCAUUUAAAAUUCCAUUGAUUGUACCCUUGGGCAUAAAGGUUCAUUGUUCUGUGAAAGGUAUAGCAAACAUCAAUUCUUGUCAAACCACAAUUCUUUGAACUGCAAUUGUCUUUGAAGUUAUGAAAAUAAAAAUAAAAAUUGUUUGUAAGGCAUGAA